AAGAUGCUGGUAGUACGCCUUUGGUAAGGCAAUACUCUGCCGACCACACCCAUGAGCAGUUGAUGCAACUUCUACAGCGAAGAGGGGCAUUCCAAGAGCUCAUACGACUUGUACAUUCGCCUCAAACUUCUCUUCAAUCUAGAUCAUAUGCAGCGGGACAAAUACCGCGUUUCUUUAACGACUUCCCUGACCUAGAGGAAGAAGCCAUCAAUGCCGUAUACGACCUCUGCGAAGAUCAAUAUUCGCAGGUUCGAAUAGACGGGUACCACACAGUUACGCAAGUAUCAUACCUGCAACACAAAUGGGUCAAAAGAAAUGCUGACGUACUGGUCCAACUUCUCCAAAGCGGUAACUUCAGUAAUUUUGAUCCUAAAAAAUCUAAUGAUAAAUUGUACAUAGACGAACCUGAGGAAGUAGCGGUGGUCAAGGCUGCUCUUUUGAAGCACUUGGACAUGGACCCUCCGGCGGUGUUAGGCGUCAUGUGCGAUCAAGUCGUGCCCCUAGAAGAAGAUCUCGAUGAGUCUGAGCGACAAACGAGGGAGCGGCUGCGCUCCCUUGUCAUAGGGUUCUUAGCCACGGAGGCACUAGGCGUGAUUGUCGCAAAGUAUACUGACCCACCUGGUUCUGAAGCUGAGCAAACGUUGGUCACUCAAUUGACGCUGUCAAUUGCAUGGCUUGAAAUUCAGGAAGUCGAGCUCAUAGUAAGGGACAUACUUUUGUCCCUUCCGUACUACCGCGCAUAUCCCUUAAGAGGCGACAGUAUACUCCAGGCCCUUCUUGACAGGGCUAAGGUACUACUCCAACUGCGAGCUAGUAACUAUGAGCCCCCGAGUUCCACGCGCUCUUUUUUGGCAUUGGCUCAAUUUGUCGCCAUUGACAGACAUGCGGCGUCUCCCGCCACACUAUUACAAUUUUACCUCAGCUUCUUGACGGGAAGGAUGGUUCUGCAAAAGUUUUCUCCUCAAACACGCGUGGACAUAGUAUCCUGGAUAUCCGAAGCCUUAUUAGCAUGCGAGGCCGAGAUGACUAAACUGCAGCCAAUUUCAAAUCGGGAGCAACUGCGACGGCUUCUGAACCAAACGGUUGACGCCAGCUCAGUUCUACUGGAGAUUUUGUUCGACUCCAAGGUCUACAACCUCGUGUCCUGGCGAACCGUGCAGGCCUUGUUACAGGCUGUCAGCGCUCGCAAAAAACGCGACAACUGGGCCGUGCCUUCACAUUUAAUCAGUGUCAUGCGCAAGUUUCAGGAGUUAUUGGUUCAAGGAACUCACAAAAAUACCUUGGACGUGCAAAACUUAAUCAGGUUGCUUACGGACAAUCAGCCGAACUCGCUGAACGAUUCAGUGCAGACACCGCAGGCGACGAGCAAUAAACUUCCAGAACGACCGUCUCAUCUACUGGAACCUUCGGCAGCCAAUUUACCACGCAAGAAAUAUAACGCGACACAUGCAAAUCAUCAAUCGCUUGUCAAAGACGGUAUGAACAGAGAUGCACGUGAUGCCACUUCCAAUUCCAAGAUAUCUCCAAAACGAAGUAAUAGUUCUGCAGAGGACAUGCCGGAACCGAAACGAGCAAAGAUUGGUCUAAGAGGACGACCAACUCCGUCAUUGCUCAGUCGUCUUGCAGGUGCCGAAUCGACAGGAGCAUCUAUGUCUGAACAUACAAGACGACGACGACGUGGAAAGCGAGAGUCUCGAGAGACGUCACCGGAACUGGAAAAACAUCCUACGACUGGGUAUAGCAUUAAAGGCGCCGCUUCUGUCUAUGGGAGCGGGGGAAGUACGGAAACUGUUCAGGCUGCGUCGCUUCUAGGGAGAUUGGAUAGGAUGUUGUAUACCGUUGUCUGGAGCUUAUGGUGCACAAUAAGGGACUCUAAGGCUGCCCAGAGUGAUAGAGGCCCUGCUCGCGAAACCUGUGGCGGCUAUCUUAUCACUGGUGUUGCUGUCGAACUGAACUCAGUUCGAGCAGGAUCGAGGUGACUUCCCGAAGCGGCAACUCCGGCCCAUUUCGAUACCUCCGAACUGGAGCGAGCUGCACUCUGUUCGCCUCGCGAGGUCUGUCCGGAGUGUGCGUGAUAGCCUACUCCAAGUUAGCAUAUAUCUGCUGUGUAUAGAUAAAGAAAUAUGCAUUCAUAAGAUCCUCGAGCAAAGCAAAAUUUCGGGUGUUUGCCAUUCCCAACAACACCUCGUCCCUAUCGAAGUGGGUCGGACUGGUCACCUCGGUUCAGUUCAGUUCACCUCGCGGCAACACUACAAGUCAUCACAACCGCCGACUCUGGGCUUCGCUAAAGUGUCAUAUCCACGAACGUACAUCGAGCUCUCGAACAAUUCAAAAACUGUCCAAAGUGUAUG